AUGAACUGGACUGUAGGAAUAAUUAGUGGAAUAAAUAAAUUAUUGGUAAGAAAUACGAACAUUCAGCGAGGAAUACCUCCUAGUUUUCGAAAUAUUUCUGUUUAAAGAUUUUCUGAAAAUCGUCUAUAUCAGAAGAAUUACUCGAUGGAGGGGUCGUAACACCUCCUCAAUAAUCAUGUUCUCCUGAUACAAAAUUCGAAUUUUCAGCGGGGUAUUUUUUCUGAUUCUUGAGAUAUUUCGGCUUAAAUAUUUGCGUAGGCUGGGGAGAGUUUAUUUAGUUUACCGUUUUAUAUUCACAGUAUCUACAUUAUCUGUCAUCAGCGUUAUUUUUUGCAAAUAUAAGUGUACAGUUUGUUGAUUUAUUCUUUCAUUCAUCUACUUUCACUUUCUACAGAAUAUAUUAAACUGUAAAAUAUCGCAUGCCUUUUUGAAACAAUUUGAAACGUAGUUGAAAAAAAACAUGAUACUUUUCAUUUCAAUUCAUAUCUCGUAUUUAAAUAUCUUUAAAUUUCUAAGUAACUUUUUUGCUAGAUUCACCAUAUAUGUAGGUAUUUAUACAAAACACAAGAAACUGCUUGAAUUGAGUCAUGUAACCAAAUAAGUAUUUACAUUUACUCAUUUGACUUAUAUCGCGAUAUAAUAUAAUUAUUCGUAAGCUUUUUAUGUAACUUUUCGCAUACUUUUUAAAUAGAUCGAAACUGUUUCCAAAAUGUCGGUAUAUUCUAUGGAUUCCCUCGAGAAUGUUAACGAAAUCUCACCAGGGAAUCAGAAUUUUUUAUACAGAAACACCGGUGGAUUUAACCUAGAACCAAAUACCGGAUCUAAUGAAACUACGUCGAGUAUCAAUAAAGACACGGGGACAGCCGGCAGCAAGAAUGCGAUAAUUGCGAACAGGGGACUCAUAGACGCGUCCAAGCAACGGUGUCCGACGUCUUCGGCCAGUGGAAAACGAAACGUCGCAGAUCCCCUUAAGAGAAACACCACAAACGAUUCAAAACGAGAAAAAGAUGGUGGCAGCAAAAGACUAGCUGAUACAAGUUAUGCCAAGCGUUUGUCGAAGACGUCUGCGACGAAGUGUUGCUCGAACGACGUACCGAUGCCUAUGAAGCCGAACAAAAAACUCGGAGACGUACUCGGCCCGAAGGUUCAGCAGGCGAGAAAGCCACGCUCCUAUUUGGAGCUUUAUCGUCGGAGAUUCAGUGGACCACAAUACAAGGCUCGAUCCCCGGAGGGUUCCACCUUGUCGGUUUGCGGAGACAGCGAACGAGAAGAGCUCAGUGACGACGAUACACGUUCGUUGGCGACCCCGAGGGACGAUCAAAGCGAGCUGAGUUUUUAUCGACGUAUAAUCGAGGGAUCUACCGACCCUCUGGCCUCUGCCAAUCGAUCCGCUAAAACUGUGCGUCGAUCAACGUUCCAAGACACAAACACUAUCUUCUCCAGCACGAACACAGUUAAGUACAGUACGCCUGACGAUAAAUCGAAGAAGAGUCUCGGCUACAGGCCGUAUACCAUCGAGGAGUACAAGACCUUGCCGAUACCGAAGCUUGAUCGAUCUCUUGGGCCCGAUAAAAUUGAGAUGCAAGCGAAGAUAAGUACACACGGGAAUAAAUUUGUUCCUGGUGGACGCGCCGUCGAGAACAGUUUAAAUGAAACGCCGGCGGAAGUCAGCGGACUGGAACAAGGGGACAGCAGAGGUACACCAUAA